CUGGAGACGUGAAGACCCUGAGCGAUGGCACGAUUGUGAAAACCACUCGCACAGUCACUCGGCACACUGGCCAAGCGAUGAACGAGAUUCGCAAAUCGUCCUCACAAACGCACGUUCAACAGUCGGAGAGCCAUGUGGAGAAGCGCAGCCAGAACAACAUCAUCCAGUCCGCCUCCAGCCAGACGAACCUGGUGGAGAAACGCGACCAGGGCUCGCACCAUCGCAAGAGCACAGUCAGCUCAGAAGAGAUCAACAACCAGAUUCUGCACCGCAAAGGUAUGCACACAUCUACUGAAGCGCUGCACGCUACCAGUGCCUCAGCUCUGGACAUGCGGAAGUCCGUUUGCAACAUCCAAGAUCAGGGCCGAACCGUGGUGAACACCGAUCGGCAUAGUUUGAGUUCGAUGCACCGCUCGCACCAAGAAGCCAGCAGCAAUGCGAACAGAAGAAGCCUCCAGUCGUCCUCGACAGUCUACCAGACGAUUGAACGGCCUCAGAAGAUCGUGCGCAAGGACAAUCUGGCCAUUGGAGGGCACUUUUAUGGGAAGUCUGAGGCGAACUCUUAUGGGGAGUUUACCAAGCAGCAGAACGUCCAGAAGGUGGAGCGCGUUACAAGGCGCUCGAACGUUUCCAAUAUCACACUAGGUGAUAGUAAUGUGCAUGUGGUUACUUCGUACAAGAAGGAGUACGCACCGAGGAAUAUUGGGCCGUGUCCCGCAGUUUUAGUGGACGCGCCCAAAGGCCCAUUCAAGCAUACCAGAGAUACAAAGUCGCACAAAUUUUACAUGCCGAUAGUUACCAAGUAAUAAUUGGCAGGUAAAGUCUGUUCUGGCUGUACGAUCAUUCCCGAGCUGCAGCAAUAACGGAGACUGUUAUUAACCACAUAUUCUAACCUUGUGAUACAUUUUGUUACUGUUAAUGUCCUAAUAACGUUUAUUUUUUCUAAUAUUCAUUUAGUUAUGUAUGUAUUUGCAAUCGAUUAUUGUGCUUACGGUACGUCGGGUUUUAUGCUGGAAGUAACUCCAUUUUGUUAGCAAAUCGCUUGCCACGCUUGUACCAUUUAGUGUAAAACCCAAUAAAAUGUUCUUAUUUAUAUUUA